ACACCAUGCUGACGAGUUGACUAGUUGUAUGCCGAAGAGUAUAACGACGAGAUGCCUCGCCCCGUAAUCAGCUCUCCUUGUUUGUGACGUUGUGGCUUCAUCCAUCGAUACCUUUCGUAGUACUACCUCCUGCCAUCUAAUAACCCAUUUUUUCUUUUCUCAAUGGAUAAUGGGAUACAAGGCAGGAGAAGAAAGACAGGCACUGCGACUUAUUUCCGCUUCACCCCUCUACAAUGGCCUGUUAAGCGGCCGUUAAGACGCAGUGGCACAUAUGUAUCCGAAUUACGGAGUACAAGUAGUAGAUUUAUAUUGAUAGUCAAUAUGUUAGGAUGUGCCAUUUUAUGCAUUACGAUAUCCUUGCGUCAACAAUAUGCCUCAUUCCGGUCACGGAGGUGUCAGUCUAUGUCCCUAGUAAACCCUCCCAACAGCUAGAGCGGCCUUCCAAGGCGACUGACAACCUUACUACUAACCACCC